GUACACGGGCCCCCUGUUGGAGGAGGAAGCCCUGAACAAAGCAGCAGAAAAUGGAUUGUCUUCACCAGAAUUUUUUGAGCUUUGCGUUUGGUUGGGUUCCCAAAUAAAGUCACUUUGUAAUAUGGAAGAAAGCAUCACUUCAACAGAUGGUGGUAAAGAUAUAGAGAGCUUCCAGCUUGAGAUUAGUGGCUUUCUGAGAGAAAUGGCUUGUCCAUAUUCAUCACUUAUAUCUGGAGACAUCAAGGAUAGAUUAAGAGAGAAAGAAGAUUGUCUUAAACUUCUCUUAUUUCUAAGUACAGAACUUCAGGCUUUAAAGAUACUGCACAGCAAGCAAAUGAAAGGCUCUCAUUUGGAAAAGCACAAUGAAAUUUAUCAGGAAGUGCAAGCUAUUUGCGAUGCACUGGGCCUGCCAAACUCCUCGUCUUCUGAUAUUCCUCCCUUGUUAACCAAUGUGGAACAAAAGAUAAAGGACGUUCUCUCAAAAGUUCAAAAUAACCACGUGGGGAAGUCACUGCUAACAAAACCUCUGAAUUCUGACCAAGUGGAAAGAUUGGAAAAAAUCAACGAUGCUCUUCGCAGUGAGUACGAGUGUCGCCGACGUAUGUUAAUGAAGAGGCUAGAUGUAACAGUACAGUCUUUUGGCUGGUCUGAUAGAGCAAAGGUAAAAACAGAUGACAUAGCACGAAUUUAUCAGCCUAAGCGCUAUGCAUUAUCUCCAAAGUCAACUAUUACUUUAGCUCACCUUCUUGCUGCUCGGGAAGAUUUGUCAAAGAUCAUAAGAACAAGUAGUGGAUCAACACGGGAAAAUACAGUCUGUGCGAUCAACAAGGUUCUGAUGGGGAGAGUGCCUGACCGUGGAGGCAGACCAACAGAGAUUGAACCACCUCCUCCCGAAAUGCCUCCUUGGCAAAAAAGACAAGAAGGUGGUGGAAGAGGCGGCUGGGGAGGUGGUGGUGGUGGUGGAAGGGGCAACUGGGGGGGUGGAGGGGGUAGAGGAGGAGGAGGUGGUGGUGGUGGUUUUGGAGGUGGGGGUUUCAGAGGUGGUGGAAGAGGAGGAGGUGGCUUCCAAGGUGGCAGGGGAGAUUAUGGUGGCAGGGGAGGUUAUGGUGGCAGGGGGGGCUAUGGUGAUCCUUAUGGUGGAAGAGGAGGGGGAGGAUACCGAAGAUACUGA